CUGUGUCCCGAACUAACCUCCACACCUCUAUUGUUUCAAAUUUCCAACUCCUCCACGCUCUCCCACCCCACCCACUUACAAUCACAGGAGAGCCAGCCCAUCUCGCUCAGGUACGACGACCAGAACCCCCACUGGUCGCAGACCGUCCGCUUCUUCCUCACCCGCCCGGGUCUCCACUCCCUUGACCUCCGCUUCUCCUCCCCCCAGCAUCUCCCCAUUCUCGGCGCCUGCAUCGCUCGGAGCAGCCCCUCCCUCUCGUCCCUUCGCCUGGAGUCGCAAGGCCCUGUUGGUCUCUCCCAGAACCAGGACAAAAAUUGCUGGACGCUGGGUUUUCUCAGGGAAUGCGCCCAGCUACGGGAGUUGAACCUGGGGCGAGGCAAGUGGAAACUCAACAAGCAGUGUGUGAACGCACCGAGGUUCAAGUCGAUUCGCAAGCUGACCUUGGAGCAUGUGGAUUUCGGGAGCUUGAGCUUCCAACUUCUCCAGUCCAUCACGCCGCAGCUGCACGAGUUCACGCUCUAUGAGGACGGCAACGUGCUUCGUGAAUAUCCCCACGUGCCCUCCACCAGCCGCCUCACCUUUUUCUUCCCCAACGCCCUCCUCCUCCGCUUCCGCUUUGCCAGCACUGAGCUGCACCUCACCCUCUCUGUGUCCCCAGCAGCGCUCAAGACUCUCUCAGUAAUGGCCAAACGGCUGAUCCUCUCCUGCAAGGGUGCCGCCCCUCUCACCCUCGACCACCUCUCGCUGUACGGUCGGGAGCGCCUCGACAUCUCCUCCCUCCGCCGCGCAUCCGCCAGGGUUGCCUACUUGGACGGACCGACCAAUGACCAAGACGCCGUAAAAUCUAGGAUGAGGGCUCGGCGGCGGUUGAGUAAGGCCAUCUUCAAGCCGCCGUCUUUCCGCACUCUGAAUCUGCGGUUCCUCUUCUUCCACACCCGCAAGGCGUGUAAUGCACCCACACUGGCUGCACUGCGGCAGGACUACCCCGCCCUGGUGCUCUACUGUGUGGUGGACCGCUCCUUCUACUGGCACAGGAAGGGUCAGCUGGUGCGCCAUGGGCCGCUGGAGCAUGUGAGGCGGAGCAAGAGUGGAGUGUGGGAUAAAGAAGAGGGGAAGAAGCGGGCCAAGAAUGUAACUGAGAAGAUGCACAGUGUGAACAGGAAGCUGGUGGAGGGGUACUGGGCCGAGGAGGACCAGGUAUACGUGAUGCAGUACCAGCAGAAGUGA